AUGUUUACCUCUAAUAAUGCCUGCUCGGUACUUACCUCUUUCUGGCUAACUGGCAUCCCAGGGUUGGAAUCCCUGCACAUCUGGCUCUCCAUCCCUUUUGGCUCCAUGUACCUGGUAGCUGUGCUGGGGAAUGUGACCAUCCUGGCAGUGAUAAGGGUAGAACGCAGCCUACAUCAGCCCAUGUACUUCUUUCUGUGCAUGUUGGCCAUCAUUGACUUAGUCCUUUCAACCUCCACCAUGCCCAAACUGCUGGCCAUCUUCUGGUUUGGUGCCUGCAACAUUGGCCUGGAUGCCUGCUUGGCCCAGAUGUUCUUCAUCCACUGCUUCGCCACUGUUGAGUCAGGCAUCUUCCUCGCCAUGGCUUUUGAUCGCUAUGUGGCCAUCUGUGACCCACUACGCCACACUUCAGUGCUCACCCAUGAAGUAGUGAGCUAUUUGGGGCUGGCUGCCCUCCUCCGGGGGAUAGUGUACAUUAGCCCCCUGCCCCUGAUGAUCCGCCUGAGGCUGCCCCUUUAUCGGACCCAAAUAAUUGCCCAUUCCUAUUGUGAGCACAUGGCUGUGGUCACCCUGGCAUGUGGUGACACAACAGUCAACAACUUAUAUGGAAUGGGAAUUGGCUUCCUGGUAUUGAUCUUGGAUUCAUUAGCCAUCACUGCCUCCUAUGUGAUGAUUUUCAGGGCUGUGAUGGGUCUGACAACCCCUGAAGCCAGGCUUAAAACCCUGGGAACAUGUGGUUCUCACAUCUGUGCCAUCCUUGUUUUCUAUAUCCCCAUUGCUGUUUCCUCUCUCACCCAUAGAUUUGGCCAUCAUGUGCCUCCCCAUAUCCAUAUCCUUCUGGCCAACUUUUAUCUCCUCAUUCCACCUAUCCUCAACCCAGUUGUAUAUGCUGUCCGCACUAAGCAGAUCCGAGAGAGACUUCUACACAUCCUUAAGGCCGGGGCUCAACCCAGGUGA